AUUCAAUGGAUCCUCCAUUCUACUUCAGAGGAGAGUUCACCGGUAAUUCAAGGGUCCAGGUAGAAAGAGCAGGGUCACCUGUACCCAGCUGUCUGUCUAUGAAGAGUGAUGAUUCAAUGGAUCGUCCAUUCUACUUCAGAAGAGAGUUCACAGGUAAUUCAAGGAUGCAGCAGCCCCUGCAGUCUAGCUCUCUAGAAGAGAAGAGUUCGGAGAGAUUAUCUUCCCAGUCUCUCCUGCACACUCUGAUGAAGCUGAAGAAAGAUGACAAGUUGAAACUGUUUCAGAGCCAUCUGAGUCAGGAUUGUCCAGAAUGCUUUAAGAAUCUAUCUGAAGAUCGGUCUGUAUUGGAUAAGUUUAUGAAGAUGAAGAAAUUGUUCAAGAGUCAUCAAAUUGAUGAUUACCCAGAAUGCACUGAGAGGGAGCAGGAGGAUCCUGAGGCCCUGUACAUAGUUGAGAAGAUGCUGGAGACCUGUGGCAGUGAGAAGUCUCUGAAGAUAACACUCCACAUCCUGAGGAACAUGAAGGAGAAGGAUCUCGCAGACUCACUGGAGAGGGAUGAGCAGCGCAAUGAAUCUAUAAAAAGAGCCCAGCAGGCACUGAAAACUCAUCUGAAGGGAAAGUUUGAAUGCAUCUUUGAAGGUUUAGCAAUGCAGGGCCACACAACCCUACUCAAUGAGAUCUAUACAGAGCUCUACAUCACAGAGGGGGGAAGUGGGGGGGUCAAUAAUGAAAACGAGAUGAGACAGAUUGAGACAGCAUCCAAGAGACAAACCACACAGGAGACUGCAAUCCUCUGCAAUGACAUCUUUAAGCCUUUACCUGGACAAGAGAGACCCAUCAGAACUGUGCUUACAAAGGGCAUCGCUGGCAUUGGGAAAACCGUCUCUGUGCAGAAGUUCAUUCUGGACUGGGCAGAAGGUAAAGCCAAUCAGGACGUUGAUUUCAUCUUCACUCUUCCUUUCCGAGAUUUGAAUUUGAAGAAGGAAAGAAAUUUCAGUCUGAUGCAACUUCUGCAGCACUAUUUUCCACAACUGCAAGAGAUCCAAAGUGAUGAAGUCAAAGUGGUGUUUAUCUUUGAUGGUCUGGAUGAAUGUCGACUUCAUCUAUGUUUCCAAAGCAAUGAGAUCUGCUGUGAUAUAACAGAGACAUCAUCAGUGGAUGUGUUGCUAACUAACCUUAUUAAGGGGAAUCUGCUUCCCUCUGCUCUCCUCUGGAUCACUUCCCGCCCAGCAGCAGCCAAUCAGAUCCCUCCUGACUGCAUCCACCGAGUGACAGAGAUACGGGGGUUCAAUGACCCACAGAAGGAGGAAUACUUCAGGAAGAGAAUCAGAGACCAGAAAAAGACCAGCAGAAUUAUCUCACACAUAAAGUCAUCCAGGAGUCUCUACAUCAUGUGUCACAUACCAGUCUUCUGCUGGAUUUCUGCUACUGUUCUGGAGACAAUAUUGGAUAAAGUAGAGAGUGGAGAUCUGCCCAAAUCUCUGACUGAAAUGUACACACACUUCCUGCUCAUUCAGACUGAUGUAAAGAAUCAGAAAUAUUGUGGUGCCAAUGAGACAAACCCAAAGAAAAUGUCAGAUUCAGAUGCAGAAAUUAUUCUGAAACUGGGGCAGCUGGCUUUUCUACAGCUGGAAAAGGGCAAUCUGAUUUUCUAUGAAGGGGACCUGAGAGAGAGUGGCAUUGAUGUCAGUGAAGCUUCAGUAUACUCUGGGGUGUGCACAGAGAUCUUUAAAGAGGAAUGUGGAUUGCAUCAGGAGAAGGUCUACUGCUUUGUGCAUCUGAGCAUCCAGGAGUAUCUGGCUGCCUUGUUUGUGUUUCAUUCAUGUGUAAAUGAGAACAGAAAUGUUUUAAGAGCAGAAGAAUCAAAAUCUCACAGUGACAGAGUGCAGCUGUCUGAGAUACACAGGAGUGCAGUGGAUCAGGCCUUAGAGAGUAAGAAUGGACACCUGGAUCUUUUCCUCCGAUUCCUUCUUGGCCUCUCUCUCGAGUCCAUUCAGACUCUUUUAGGAGGACUACUGACACAGACCGGAAACAGAUCACCUAGCAUUAAGAAAACAGUCCAGUACAUUAAGGAGAGGAUCAGAGAGGAAUCUUCAGCAGAGAGGACCAUCAAUCUGUUCCACUGUCUGCACGAACUGAAUGACAACUCUCUUGUGGAAGAAAUCCAGAAUUCCUUGAGUUCAGGAAAACUUUCUGAUAAAAUGCUGGUACCAUACCAAUGUUCAGCUCUGGCCUUUGUGUUACUGAUGUCAGAGGAGAUCCUGGAUGAGUUUGACUUGAGGACCUACAACACAUCAGCAGCAGGUCAUCAGAGACUGGUACCAGUAGUCAGAAACUGCAGGAAGGCCAUACUGAAUGGUUGUGACCUCACGCAGAAGUGCUGUGAUAUUGUGGCCUCAGCUCUUCAGUCAUCAAACUCGCCCCUGAGAGAUCUGGACCUCAGCUACAAUAACCUGGGAGAUUCAGGAGUGAAGCUGCUCUGUGCUGGACUGAUGAGUCCAAACUGUAAACUGCAGAGACUGGACCUCAGCAACAAUAACCUGCGAGAUUCAGGAGUGAAGCUGCUCUGUGCUGGACUGAUGAGUCCAAACUGUAAACUGCAGAGACUGGGAUUGAACAGCUGUGACCUUACAAAGAUGUCCUGUGAUAUUGUGGCCUCAGCUCUCCAGUCACCAGACUCACCCCUGAGAGAUCUGGACCUCAGCUACAAUAACCUGCGAGAUUCAGGAGUGAAGCUGCUCUGUGCUGGACUGAUGAGUCCAAACUGUAAACUACAGAGACUGGACCUCAGCUACAAUAACCUGCGAGAUUCAGGAGUGAAGCUGCUUUGUGCUGGACUGAUGAGUCCAAACUUUAAACUACGGAGACUGGAACUGAACAGCUGUGACCUCACAGAAAAGUCCUGUGAUAUUGUGGCCUCAGCUCUCCAGUCAUCAGACUCACCCCUGAGAGAUCUGGACCUCAGCUACAAUAACCUGGGAGAUUCUGGGGUGAAGCUGCUCUGUGCUGGACUGAUCAGUCCAAACUGUAAACUACAGCAACUGGGGCUGGGUUGGUGUAAUCUCACAGAGGUCUGCUGUGAUGUUCUGGCCUCAGUCCUGCGUUCUCCUCACUCAGAGCUGAGAGAUCUGGAGCUCAGAGACAAUGAGCUGCAGGAUUCAGGAGUGAGAGCGCUCUCUGCUGGACUGGAAGACUCUAAACUGCAAAGACUGGGGCUGUCAGGCUGUGGAGUCACACAGACAGGCUGUGAUUCUCUGGCCUCAGCUCUGUGUUCAAACCCCUCACACCUGAGAGAGCUGGACCUGAGAUACAAUCACCCAGGAGACUCAGGAGUGAGAGCGCUGUCUGCUGCUAAACUGGACACACUCACACUGCUUGUGGACCAUGGAGGAGAGAACAGGACCAAACCAGGACCCAGGAAAUACGGCUGUCAGCUCACACUGGAUCCAAACUCAGCGAGCAGAGAACUGUCUCUGUCUGAGGGGAACAAGAAGGUGACACACACACCGGGGAGGGAGGAGCCAUGUCCUGAUCAUCCGGAGAGAUUUGAGUUUGUGCCUCAGGUUGUGUGCCGAGAGAGUGUGUGUGAGCGCUGUUACUGGGAGGCUGAGUUCAGUGUAUCUGAGGGGGGAGGGGUUUCUAUAGCAGUGACAUAUAAAGGAAUCAGCAGGAAAGGACGGGGUUCUGAUUGUAGGUUUGGAGACAAUAAAAACUCCUGGAGUUUGAGGUGCUAUAAAGACAGUUAUGCUGAUGAACUCAGUUACUCUGUCUGUCACAAUAAGAACCGAACACUCAUACCUGCCCGCCCUUUCCCCUACCGCAGAGCAAGAGUGUGUGAUGACGAUGAUGAUGAUGGUGAUGAUAGUACUGGUAGAGGAGUGUGUGUGUACAGGGUAGGAGUGUGUGUGGACCGUCUGGCCGGCACUCUGUCCUUCUACAGAAUCUCUGGCUCUGACACACAGACUCUCCUGCACAGAUUCCACACACACUUCACUCUACACACACCUCUUUGUGCUGGAUUGGGUUUGGUGAGAUCGUCAGUGUCCCUCUGCUAACUGGAGUAGACACACACACACACACGCACUCACACUACAAGUUGUCACACAAACUCCAGCGGUUCUCACAUGCAGGCAGGCUACUAUGGAAACUUGAGUGGAGGUUGCCAGAAUGCAACCAUUGUUGUAGUUUCAAUAUAGCAACUUGUUAGCAACAACACGGAGGUAACCCCCGGUUACGCAGCUCCUCGCACACGGCAGUAACCCCCGGUUACCCAGCUCCUCACACACGGUGGUAACCCCCAGUUACGCAGCUCCUCACACACGGUGGUAACCCCUGGAAAUGAUGCCCUGCAUCCCUGGUUGCAUAGCCCUCAUUUGUCAAUUUUUUGGGGGGGUUUUGGUUUCUGCUGCUUUUACAUUCUGUUGUCAAAAACUAAUAAAGUCAGUUUAAAAACCAUCUUGUGAUUAAAGAA